UCAGACCGCAAUAAUAAAAAGCUUCUUAGUUUUUUUCCUCUUUACAAAUUUUUUUUUUUAUAAAAACAGAGCCGUACUGAUACGCUAUCCCCUCCAUUAAAGAUCUUCUUCUCGUCCCUUCUCUCUCUCUGCUUCACUCUCUUUCACUGCCCCUUUUCCUUCUCCAACAAUUAUCUCCCGUAUCUUUUUUAUUUUGCUUUUUAAGCUUUUACUUCCUUCAUGCGGGAACAACUUCUAUACAGAGAAAGCCAUGCAGAGCAGCUUCAGGCCUGCUUCUUUUAAUCCUGAUCUCUAUGCCCACUCUUCCUUCUUUUUCAGAGAUGAUGGUAGCCGAAACCAGACGCGUUUUGCGGAUCUUGGAGAGCUUGAUCACUCCGCCACCGCUUUUCAUCAAGAUGAUGCUGUUGAUUUAAGCCCAAGCUCCUUGUUCAGUUUAAAGUCCAGCAAUGUCUCUGCUAUUUCCAAUAAUAUGCACUAUGGGACCUUAAACACGAGCGUUGGGUCGGCAGAUAUAAUUUCAACAGGAACAGGGUGUUUGGACACGGGGCAGUUCAUGUACCAGAAGGGGACAACGGUUGGUGCCCCGCUGGGAAAUGGACAUAUCGAGAACUGGGGCGAUUCAGGGAUAGCAGAUAACAGCCAACAAACUGACACUUCCACAGAUGUUGAUACUGAUGACAAAAACCAGUUUUAUGGAGUUCAGCAAGGAGCACUGGUAGCCAUUGAUUCUAUGGAUCAAUCCAAGGCAAAAGCUGGUGACCAAAAGACACUUCGGAGGCUGGCGCAGAAUCGAGAAGCUGCUAGGAAAAGUCGACUAAGGAAGAAAGCAUAUGUUCAGCAGCUUGAGAACAGUCGCCUCAGGCUUACACAACUAGAGCAAGAACUUCAAAGAGCAACGCAACAGGGUAUCUUUAUUUCAACUGGGGCUACAGGGGAAUAUGGACACACAUUGACAGGAAAUGGGCCCUUAGCAUUUGACCUGGAAUAUGCACGCUGGCUUGAUGAUCAUCAACGUCUCAUAAAUGAACUACGAUCAGCCGUCAAUUCUCAUAUGGAUGAUAAUGAAUUGUGCAUUGUUGUGGAUGGGGUCAUGGCACAUUAUGAUGAAAUUUUCAGACUAAAGAGUAUGGGUGCCAAGGCUGAUGUCUUUCAUAUGCUUUCCGGCAUGUGGAAGACACCUGCUGAGAGGUGUUUCAUGUGGUUGGGUGGAUUUCGUUCAUCUGAACUUCUCAAGAUUCUUGGGAACCACCUCGAACCCUUGACAGAACAGCAAUUGAUGGGCAUUUGUAAUCUGCAGCAGUCCUCGCAACAGGCUGAAGAUGCCUUGUCUCAAGGAAUGGAAGCUCUGCAACAAUCUCUUGUAGAUACUCUUUCAUUUGCCAGUCUUGGUCCUUGUGGUUCAGGAAAUGUUGCCGACUACAUGGGCCAAAUGGCAAUUGCAAUGGGCAAGCUUGCUACGCUAGAGAGCUUCCUUCACCAGGCUGACCUUUUGAGGCAACAAAUUCUGCAACAAAUGCAUCGAAUUUUGACCACACGACAAGCUGCUCGUGCUCUUCUAGUUAUAAGUGAUUACACUUCACGACUUCGGGCACUUAGUUCUUUAUGGUUAGCUAGGCCGAGGGAUUGACAUCUUUUCUUAACAUGCAAGUAAUUUCUCCUAAAUGGUUAUUUUUGCCUAUAUUCUGGCCUCGAACAAGUCAAUCGUGAUGCAGCAGAAAAUUGCCUGAUAGUUUUUCUGCUAUAAUGGUUUGCCAGUUGUCCUUUUAACUUUUUAUUGGCUUACAGAUGUCUUUGUCAAAAGAAAAGGAAAAAAAUCUUUGUAUAUCGCGGAGCGACUAGGAAAAGCUUUUUACUUAAUUAGGUAGCUGUAUAAGGGGUGAUUAUCCGUGUCUAUUUUGGCAUGUAUGUACUAGCCUUAUAAGUUUAUAAUCUUAUUAGCCAAGUACAACAAAUUUGCAGUAACUAGCAAAUAACUCUAUGCGUGUUAAAUUGACUGG